AUGGUAGUAGAAUAUCAAGAAGAAAGAACGCCUGAGACCACAAGCCAUUCAGAACCAAGUAUGUCUAACGAGGGAAAACCUGCGGUGCUACUAAACACACCAUUCCCUAGACGCUUGAAGAAGAAGAAUGAUGAACAACAAUUUAAGCGUUUUCUUGAACUCCUAAGGCAACUGCAUAUCAAUAUUCCACUUAUAGAGGCCUUGGAUCAAAUGCCAAAAUAUGUCAAUUUUUUUAAGGACAUUUUGACGAAGAAAAGGAGAGUCGGCGAGACGGAGGUACUUGCGCUAAUGCAGGAAUGCAAAGCAUUAGUAAACAACAAUCUACCCAAGAAACAGAAGGACCCUGGGAGCUUUACAGUUUCGUGCUUGAUAGAAGAGUUGGAUGUGGGACAUGCGUUAUGGGAUUUGGAAGCAAACAUUAAUCUCAUGCCACUCUCAAUCUUUAAGAAAUUGAGAAUUGGCGAAGUACAACCCACUUCUGUUACUCUUCAGCUCGCUAACAGAACAAUCAAGUACCCAGAAGGAAAGAUUGAAGAUGUUCUAGUAAAAGUUGACAACUUCAUAUUCCCAGCAAAUUUUAUUAUUUUAGACUAUGAAGCGGACAAGGAGGUACCAAUUAUUCUUGGACGCCCCUUUCUAGCUACUGGAAAAGUUUUAAUAGACGUGCAUAAACGAGAAUUGACUAUGCGCGUAGAAAAUCAAGAGGUGAAGUUUAAUGUGUUAAACGCAUUAAAAUUCCAGGAUAGUGAAGAUUGUCAACUGAACAAUAUAGAGUUGCCUGAAGAAGAGACCCAAGUGUGCGAGGUCCUUACGUUGGAGGAAAACAUGAAAGAAUCAGAGCCGCAAAGUCUGAGUGAAGGGCGAACGAAACCGAUGCGUCCAUCACUAGAGGAACCACCUGAACUCGAGUUGAAACUGUUACCUAGUCAUCUGAAAUAUGCCUUCCUUGGAGCAAAUAAACUUUACCUGUAA